AUGGGCAUGUCCGUUACGGGCGCAUUUCGCACCAUCUUCGUCAGGGAUGGCAUUACUGGGUUCUACAGGGGGUAUAUGCCUUUUUUGGUGAUGGCAGCAGGCAAGGCAGCUGCACGAUGGGGAUCGUUCCGUGUGCUCUAUGAUGUUGUCGAUUCUCUCGGCUUUGAUCGUUCUCAAAAUGUCACCUUCUGGACGAUCACCUGCGGCAUGGGGGCAGGAACUUUCGAGGCGCUGAUUUGGACUGCACCAGCCGAGCGGCUGAAAGUUUUGCGGCAGCUCGCGGCCGGCACAGGGCAGGCGUCGACACCGUAUCGUGAGAUCAUGAGGGUUCAUGGUGUAUUGGGCUUGUGGACUGGGUGGACGCCUACAGCCAUGCGUUCGGGAACGAACGCGGCCAUCCGGUUCACUAUUGCAGGGCACGUGAAAGACGCGUGGCGCCUCCUCUCAGGCGUACCCGCGGGUGAGCCGCUGCCGUUUCAUGCGAGUUUCAUGGCUGGUGGCACGGGAGGUGCAAUCUCUGUAGUGAUGAAUAAUCCGGUAGACGUGAUAAAGACAAAGAUGCAGUCUGGUGGUGGGGGCAAGGGGUGGUUGGCUUGUUACAGGGAGAUCGUUGCAGAUCGCGGGUUCAGGGCAUUCGGUGCUGGAAUUUCAGCGCGUGUGCCACAAAUCUUCCUGUCGCAGGCCAUACAGUUCGUUGUCGCGGACCAGCUCUUCUCCUUGAUGAAGGCGUGA